AUGUCACCCGCUAGGACUCAUUAUGAAAUCGCGUCUAGGCGGCCACUUAUCUUCAAUCAGCCACCCUGCGCUAGGAGGUCUUUUGUUACCAUCCUACAGGACUUAGGGUUCGCUGCUUUAAUUUCUACCAAGUGUGGAAUUAAGGUUGGACAACAACAUGAUCCUUUUUUGGAUAGGAAACCUACCUCUACCAAACGCGGACCUAAGACUAUACUUACUUAUUCGGAAAUACAAGGUUCUAUCGGCUUUGUGUUAUCUCGUAUGAAGUCAUCGUCUAUGUUGUGGAUUAACCAACAAUUAAACAACAAUAGAUGCCUGGAAUGA